UGUCCCUCGCUGUAGAGUGACGCGGUUGAAGAAAGGAAGAGCAUAUAAGUGCAGAAAUUUCCCAAAGGCUUUAGUUUAUACGAACACGACGUCGGCACACAAUCUUUGUAAGGAUAAAAGUGUAGAAAAAUAGUUUUGGGUGUACGAAUAGUGCGUCAAGGACUUAAUAGUGUAGCUGGGCAGUGGUACCGACCCAGAAAACGAUUCACCAACAAGUAAUGCUGUCACCGGUAAGCCCUUCCAUAUGGCAAGUGCAAGACUCCCUCUCCUCCACAUCCAGCCACCUGUAUAGUGAGAAUGACCAGACAGAAGAUGAAUCUGAGGUGUUCUUUUCGGAGGGUCCCGGAAGUGUGCCCGAUUCCAAACCAUGCGCGUUGGGCAAAGACAACAGUCGAACUUCUGGAUCACCUCUAACGUUUGUGAACCAGAGAGGCGUUAGUGUUGAAAAUGGUCGGACUGGAUCUCCAGCUUACAUCGGUCAGACCUCAGCAUCACCUAAAAGGAUUCCUACAGAGGGAGAUUUGAGGUUUGCUCGCAAAUGUUCAGAAUUGUGUGGGUAUAUCAGGCCUCUUUUGGAGCUGUUAAAUGGAUUAAAAACGGGUCGAUUUGAAAAAGGUUUGAGCACAUUUCAGCAGAGUACUGCCAUGGAUAGACUGCGAAAGAUUCUGGGGGUUUUGCAGAGACCUGACCUUGGGGAGAAGUAUAUGGGGACUCUUCUACAGGUGGAGGUGAUGUUGAAGGUUUGGUUCCCUCAGGUGAUAAUUCAGCAUCGUGAUGAAACCUCUUCACUCCACAGUCCUAUUGCAAGCGUACCACCACGCUGGAAUCAAGACCAGUUACAUAUUCCUGUGAAGAAACGCAGAUUAAGCUGGACAGACUCCGACUCCCAAAGUUCAUCAAGCAGCAAACGUUUUCACGAAGAGGAACGAGGACAAACCCUCAGUGACAGCAGCUCGUGGCUGAGCGCCUCUGAAACCAUCGACCUUGAAGACGACAAUGCAACGUGUGCAAACCAAAAAGAACUCAUAGAAAACAGCAGAAAGACAGACUCUUUAAACAUGACCUCUGCUACAGGAACACCGGGAAAAUUGUCUCUGCUUGUAAUUCCACACACAGCCAGAGAUGGCAGCCAUUUGGGUAUGCAAGACUGUUCGGUCUCCUCCACGACUCUUAUUUCCGACUCGCAAGUAGAAUUAGAGAUGGGUAACAAAGAAGAAGCGAUUGCAACACAGGGCCACAGUAAAUCUGUGAAAGGGGAGGGGCCAGAAAGACAAGUUAAUAGCAAAUCUUAUCCCACAGCAAUGUCAAGCACAUAGCAUUAAGGAAUUUCUGUGCCUAAGGGAAUGAAUGAAUUGAAUUAGCAUUUUUUUCCUGUUGAUGUCAGGAAAUGUUUUUUUUAAAUGUUAAGAUUUUUUUUAUUUAAACUUAAACGUAUCUUUUUUAAAACUGUUAAGAUCGUACACGUCCUGAAAGUCCAGUACAGUGUCUUGCAGUAUAUGCUUAAGUUGUGCGCUGACAUGCACAGCUACACUCUUCUACACUGCCUUGUAUAAUAACAGACUGCCGCAAUAGCUCUCGUGUAUUAAACAUACAAACGGAAAGACAGACGUAUGCAACGUACGUCCUGAAGCCUGAACAAAUCACGAGUCGAAAUAUACGUGAACGUUCUUUCACUUGAACGAAAAAACACUGAACACACGAUGAAUUGAAAAUGCAUUGGGUUGGAUGAUAUUUUCAAGGCAGUUUUAUUUAUUGGGUCAUUACUUGAAGCCAGUGAAUUCACCUGAACAGCCUUAAAAUGACCCAUUAAAGUCAGGAUUGUGGACUGAAUUUGGAUAAUAUUGUUUAUUUAUUAAGAAGUUAUCUCGGGAACAUCAAACAUUGUCAUACUUGGAUGCAUAAUGUCUGAUUUAAAGAGCAAAUGGUCAUUAUUUGUAAACAUUUGCCAAAAACAGUUUGCACAUUUGUAUUGUAUUGCUUCCAUGUUCAACUUCCAUAAUACUUGGACAAUAAGACACUUGCACAGUUGCUUUGGUUUUACUCGCAUUCAUUUAAAAUUUUGUAAGUUUUGUAAAUCUGAGCAUUAUUAUAUUUACUGCUCUCUUAAGAGUUAUCUGUUUAGGUUAAUGAAUAUGUUGGGUUUUACACACUGUAAAGAUCACACUGCAACAAAGAUUACAUUUUUAUUAAGCUAUUUGUGGAAUUUUGAGGCGAGUUAAAGGACAGUAUUUAGUAAGUGUCAUGAAGACUGCAAGAGCAAUGAUAAACUUGUGGGAAUGAGACUUGUAUAGUAAAGUCAAUCGUUGUGCAGAUGUAUGAGAUCAAUAUAUUUAUAUGAGUAUAUUGUUGGAAUCUCAUCAUAGAGAUUGGUUUUUAAAAGGGAAAUGCUUAAAAGGAAAACACCACAGUUUUUCAGUGCGUGCACUUUUAAUCUUUCUACUGCGCUUUUUGAAUCUGUUAGCAUUUAGCCUAGCCCCAUUAAUUCCUAUGGCUCCAAACAGGAAUGAAGCCACCAAACAUGUUUUACCGUAAAUUCACAUUCACGAGGCGCUGUACAAAGAUUAAAAGUGCACAGAUUGAAAAAAGAUGGGUAUAUAUUAAUUCGACUAAGUUGAGGUAAGAACAUAGUGAAAUAUUGAAAAACUGUGGUGUUUUCCUUUAAGAAAAUGUAUUUGGGAUUAAUGUUGAAUUCUGUUUAAGAAAGCUUCAUGUGAUGCUAACGUUUUUUCAGGACACGUCAGCCAGUGAAGCAUCGUUUUUAUACUGGUUCUUGUUUGUUCGUUCAUUUGUUUUUUGUAAAUGUCUUCUCUAAUAUCAAUGUUUUUUUAUCAAUGUGUUUCACUUUUUAAUAUUAAAUGUUUCUUAUGGACUGCA